GCAAUCCCCAUCUGUGCAAAGGACAUCAGUGAUGAUUUGAUGAAAGAGUUUGCUUUUCUUUCUGGUGGCCGAGGGAAAGACAAGGCUUGGAUUAUCACCCUCCCCGACAACGCUCGCUUCAAUGAGGUGCCUGAGGAGAUCGUAUCUAAAGUCUUAACAUACCUAACGUCAGUCCCAAGUCAACAUGAGUCUGACACCAAAUUUAUCCUAAUCCUGGAUAGAAGAUUGGACACAUGGACAUCGGUCAAAACCACUCUCCAAAAAAUAGCAGCGUCUUUCCCAGGGAACCUGCACUUAGUGAUGGUUCUUCGUCCCACGGGGUUUUUCCAGCGCACCUUCACUGACAUUGGAUUUCGGUUCAGUCAGGAGGAUUUUCUACUCAAGUUACCGGUUGUUAUGCUGAGCUCAGUUAGUGACCUGCUGACAUACAUUGAUGAGCAGCAAUUAACCCCGGAGUUUGGAGGCACCCUGGAGUACUGCCACAGCGAGUGGGUCGUCUUCAGGACUGCAAUAGAGAGUUUUGCACUAACCGUGAAGGAAAUUGCACAGAUGUUACAAUCCUUUGGCACGGAGCUAGCAGAGACGGAGCUACCGGACGACAUGUAUUCAAUCGAGCGCAUCCUGGCCCUGCGCACGGAAAAGUACUACCAGCUGAAGGUAUAAAUUAUACACGAGGAUAUUACAGCAGUCACAAAAGAGGGAAACUUGCUUUUGAGCAGUUUUGAAGAGCCUGACUCCAGGGAAUGCGGUCAGGACCAACACAGCGAGAGGCCAGGGGACUGGGAGACUGUGAAUCGGUUACUUGGUCAGCUGCAUGAGAUGGAGACUGCUUUUGAUGGCUUCUGGGAAAAACAUCAGUUAAAAAUGGAGCAAUAUUUACAAUUGUGGAAGUUUGAGCAAAGUUUUCAAGAGGUCAAGAAUGCCAUUGAAUUUUUAAUGGGUCAGCAAGUGGAGCUGCCUGACACUGGCGACAGUGUCCCCCAAGUAAAACAGAGGCUCAAGGACUUGGGUCAUUUCGAUGGUAUGGCUCAGGAUCUGAUAGGGAAGGCUCAGGUGGUGAUACUACACGGACACCAGCUAGCAGCAAAUCAUCACUACGCACUCAACUUAAUUUGCCAGCAAUGCAACGAGCUGCGGCACCAUUCUGAUGUCUUGUCUGAUGAGAUCAAAAGGAAGCAGAUGCGGCUGCAGAAGACCUUGGAUCUUCAUACGCGCCUUCAGCAGGCUCUGCAGUGCUGUGAUGAAGGUGCCUACCUGCUCGCCAACCAGCAGAUGGAUAAGUGCCAGUCUAAAGAAGGCGCUCAGAAAGCUCUCCAGGACAUAGAGAGAUUUCUCGAAAGCUCUUCAGCCUACUUAAACUAUGAUCCCCAAGCCCUACACUACGAUUUUGAGUCAGUCUUAACAUCUGAAUUGAAGUGCCAGAUACAGUCAGUGCAGGUCAAGCUUGAAAACGUUCGAAGCAUGUUUGAGAAUCGGCAGUCUUGCUUCAAGAAGCUGUUGGAUAAACAUGUGCGGCCCGUCCAAUUAGUAGCCCCUCGGCCAGAAAAUCCACCAAGAUCAAAAUCACCAUUAUUCUCUCCUAAACACGGUGUGGAUUUUAAUUCCAGUUUGAAAUUUUCAUUUGAUCUCUCUCUCCCUGGGAAGAAAACAUCAAGAAAAACUCCAAGUUCUCGCAAGAUCGAAGUGAUGCACGACUAUCAGGAAAAACGGAAUUCCUUGCAGUCUUUUAUUUCGGACAGUGACGACAACUUAGAUAUACUAAAAGGCCAUGUCAUAAAUGAGCUUAUAGAAACUGAGAGAGUGUACGUAGAGGAACUCUUCACUGUUUUGACGGGCUACAGAGCUGAGAUGGAUAACCCCGCCAUGCUCAUCCUCAUGCCUCCUGUGCUGAGGAACAGGAAGGACGUCCUCUUCGGAAACAUGCCCGAGAUAUACGACUUCCACAACAAAAUUUUCCUGCACAGUCUGGAAAGCUGCCUGGGAGCACCCGAGAGAGUGGGAUUUUGUUUCCUAGACAGGCGAGACGAUUUCCAGAUGUAUGAGAAAUACUGCCAGAACAAGCCCCGGUCGGAGUCCCUGUGGAGGCAGUGCUCCGAAAGCACCUUCUUCCAGGUGAUCCAAAUGAAAUUAGACCCCAAACUCCGGCUGGAUUCCUAUUUCCUCAAACCAGUGCAGCGCCUGACAAAAUACCAGUUACUUCUGAAGGAGUUGCUAAAGUACAGCACGAGCUGUGAUGGAGUUCAGGAACUUCAAGAAGCUCUGGUUGCAAUGUUGGAUUUGCUAAAGUCAGUCAAUGACUCUAUGCAUCAGAUUUCAAUAACAGGAUAUGAUGGCGACCUGAGCGAACUGGGGAAAGUAUUGAUGCAAGGAUCUUUCAGUGUUUGGACAGGACACCGAAAAGGCCCAACAAAAAUGAAGGAUCUUGCCCGGUUCAAGCCAAUGCAGAGGCAUCUGUUCCUGUAUGAGAAAGCCUUGGUCUUCUGCAAGAAGCGAGAGGAGCACGGAGACGGAUAUGACAAAACCUCAUCUUACAGUUUUAAGCAUUUUUUGAAAAUGAAUGCAGUUGGAAUAACUGAGAACGUGAAAGGAGAUCAUCGGAAAUUUGAAAUCUGGUAUAGUGGGCGAGAAGAGGUCUAUGUUGUGCAGGCCCAAACAGUAGAUCUGAAGAUGGCAUGGUUGAAUGAAAUACGAAAAAUUUUGUUCAAGCAGCAGGAGCUUAUAAAAGUGGAGAAGCAGCAGCCCGGCUCAUGCACGGACCAGCUCCCGCUCUCUUCCCAGCUGAGUGAUGGAAAGCAGCAGAGAGCCUCCAUAAGCUCAGAAGAGAAUGACUCGGAGCGCACCAGCCCGGUGAUGCUGGACAGUGGGCUCCUGUCCCCGCAGAACAAGCCCCAUAGAAGCUGGCCGGGAAUGUCACAGUCCCUGGAAAUCUGCGAGGGGCUGGAGGAGUGGUCGGGUAACCAGUACCUCUCCAACUGCUCGGACACCGAGGAAGAGGAUGGGAACCAGCUGUCUCCAGGAAAAUAUAAAGCCCUUGCAGACUGCAAGAGGAGAGGAUCAGAGGACCUUCUGGUGAAAAAUGGGGAUGAAAUUCAGCUUUUGCAUGAAGAUGGUGAGGGACAGUGGUUGGUGAAAAACCUAAACAGAAGAAAAGAAGGCUGGAUUCCUGUCCACAGUCUGCAGAUAGUAGUCGGUGACUGCAGAUUUCGGAAUGCCAAAGUCGCAGAUUUACACUGUGGCCGUAACAAAAACCUCCCACCACAGGAUGGCGGGUACCUGCACGCUUACAAGCUGUUCCUCUCCCCUCCUGCUAAUUGUUCCAGUGUUGGGCCAGUACAAAUCAUAACGAAGUUACAGGGAACUUUUUUCUGCCCAUUUUAAGCUAUCAGAUGUGUAUUUGGUCAGUGCCCCACUCCACUACCAUUGCCAACUUUGCAAAUCCACCAUCUUCCUGCACCCAGCCUCCGAGGGAGAGCCUAUGUGCAAAGCUGAAC